CUCAAAUACUUCUGGCAUUGUACAGAUAGAAAAAAUAUGUGGUAGCAGCACACUUCCAAAUGCCAAGCAGAAACGAGCCAGUUCUGCGGGGUCCUACAAGGGAGGGGGAAGUGGAGUGGGGCCGGUCGAAGGGACACCCCGCCCUGCCGGGGCGGGACGAGCUGCCAGCAAGGCUCCGAGGCGUGUAAAAGCAAGGAAGAGGGGCGUGUAGCACGGAACGACUAGCUGGGCUGAGCUGCUGAGACGGUUGCACUGGGAGUGCUGUGCACACGAGCAAACGUCUGAAAUGGCAUCUGAGGGAGAUAAACUUUGGGGGGGAAGAUUCAGCGGAAGCACAGAUCCCAUCAUGGAGAUGCUCAACUCUUCCAUUGCCUGUGAUCAGAGAAUGUCUGAAGUUGAUAUCCAGGGAAGCAUGGCUUAUGCCAAAGCCUUGGAGAAGGCUGGCAUCCUAACUAAAACAGAGCUGGAGAAGAUCCUGAGUGGCCUGGAAAAGAUCUCUGAGGAAUGGUCUAAAGGAGUCUUUGUGGUGAAACAAAGUGAUGAGGAUAUUCAUACUGCCAACGAACGCAGACUGAAGGAGCUGAUUGGGGAUAUAGCUGGAAAGCUGCACACUGGAAGAAGCAGGAAUGAUCAGGUUGUGACUGACCUGAAGCUGCUCCUGAAGAGUUCCAUCUCUGUCAUCUCCACUCACCUGCUGCAGCUCAUUAAGACCCUGGUGGAGCGCGCUGCUAUAGAAAUUGAUGUUAUCAUGCCUGGCUACACCCACCUGCAGAAAGCUCUGCCCAUCAGAUGGAGCCAGUUCCUGCUCAGCCACGCUGUUGCACUGAUUCGUGAUUCUGAGCGCCUGGGUGAGGUGAAGAAAAGGAUGAAUGUCUUGCCUCUGGGAAGCGGUGCUCUGGCUGGCAACCCACUGGAAAUUGAUAGAGAGCUUCUGCGUAGUGAACUGGACUUUGCAUGCAUCAGCCUGAACAGCAUGGAUGCCAUCAGUGAGAGAGACUUUGUGGUGGAAUUACUCUCUGUUGCCACCCUGCUGAUGAUCCACCUUAGCAAGCUGGCCGAAGAUCUCAUCAUCUUCAGCACCGCUGAAUUUGGCUUUGUGACCCUCUCUGAUGCCUACAGCACUGGCAGCAGCCUGAUGCCUCAGAAGAAGAACCCUGAUAGCCUGGAACUGAUCCGCAGCAAAGCUGGUCGUGUGUUUGGACGGUUGGCUGCUGUUCUCAUGGUUCUCAAAGGACUUCCAAGCACCUACAACAAGGAUCUGCAGGAGGACAAGGAAGCUGUUUUUGAUGUUGUGGACACUCUGACUGCUGUGCUCCAGGUUGCCACCGGAGUGAUUUCUACCCUCCAGAUCAACAAGGAGAACAUGGAGAAGGCUCUGACCCCUGAGUUGCUGACUACUGAUCUGGCUCUCUACUUGGUUCGUAAAGGAAUGCCAUUCAGACAAGCUCAUGCUGCUUCUGGGAAGGCCGUCCAUCUUGCUGAGACUAAAGGCAUUGCUAUCAAUAAACUCACUCUAGAGGACCUGAAGAGCAUCAGCCCUCUGUUUGCCAGCGAUGUCUCCCAGGUCUUCAACAUUGUCAACAGCGUGGAGCAGUACACUGCUGUGGGUGGUACUGCCAAGAGCAGCGUGACUGCCCAGAUCGAGCAGCUGAGGGAGCUGCUGAAGAAGCAGAAGGAGCAAGCUUAGAGUGUGGGGACAUAUCCCGUGGCUGCAGUGUUGUGCUUAUCACACUAAUCCAGAGUUAAUAAACACUAUGGUGUAUUGUAAUUCACUGAAACUUCUGUCUUAUAUAUUGUUUUAGGGGACAAGAUUGAGCUGGGCUUCCUUAGCCCUUCUGAGGCUUGAGGAAUGCAGUUCACUGGUGUGAAAGAACUGGAACUAUCUCCUCCCUGGCUUUUAGGAGAGCUUUUAUGGGCAGCACACUCUAGAUGUGUAUCAGUAUCUGCACUCCAAAAUUGUCCUGUGAAACUAAAAUCCAUCAGAUGGCAUUUCCUUCCACCCUGAUCUCUCUGGUAACACUUUCCAUCCUAUUUUAUUU